GAAAGGCUCCAUGGUCAAAGUCCACGUUUCGUCAUUUACACAUACAGUCUGUGAUAGUUUCGCGGACUUUACAUCUAAUCAAAAAAAUGCGUCUUCCCGAUUCGCCAGCCUGUACAUUCCCUGUAUGUUCGCCGGAGGUAAGAUAAAGAAUGACCGGUUUGCCCUACAGUCGUGCCCGUUAAGUAACUAGUAAACACGUAAGGUAAAACUUAGUCGACUGGUGUGUGAAGCUAUCACUGCAAAAACUGUAUCUCGACUGGUGUGUAAAUCUUCAGCCUUGAAUCUCGACUGAUGUGUAAAUCUACAGCCCUGUGUCUCGACUGGUGUGUAAAUUCACAGCCCUGCAUCUCGACUGGUGUGUAAAUUCACAGCCCUGCAUCUCGACUGGUGUGUAAAUCCACAGCCCUGUAUCUCGACUGGUGUGUAAAUCCACAGCCCUGUAUCUCGACUGGUGUGUAAUUCUACAACCCUGUGUCUCGACUGGUGUGUAAUUCUACAGCCCUGUAUCUCGACUGGUGUGUAAAUCUACAGCCCUGUAUCUCGACUGGUGUGUAAAUCUAUAUCCCUGUGUCUCGACUGGUUUUUGAAACCCUUUUCAUAUAUGAAACAAGUAGCUCUAUUCUGAAACAGUGGAAGCAUCAAAGCGACAAUGCUCAGUAUGUUGUUCACGGACAUUCCGACAACGCUUCUCACUUGUGGUGUCGGUGCCCUCAUGCUGUGGCUGACGUUCCGGAGACCGCCAGGGACACCCCCUGGACCAGGCUUCCCCUUACCACUUCUCGGCCAUUUGCUGUCCAUUGGGAAAGAUCCGAAGAAGAAAUUUCGAGAAUGGCACAAACAAUAUGGCGACAUUUUUAGUGUGUACAUUGGUAAUCGGUUAGUGAUCGUCAUGAAUGGUUAUGAGGUCUUAAAAGAUGCUUUUGUGAAGCACGGUGAUGUUUUCUCAGACCGUCCUCAUGUUUUCGUGAUUGAUGAGAUAAGCAACGGCAUGGGCGUGCUGGGAACAUCCGGGCAAGUCUGGAAGGAACAAAGGCGGUUCACGCUGUCCACGCUGAGAGACUUUGGUAUGGGCAAGAACAUGCUGCAGGUGAAGAUUAACGAAGAAUCAGCCUCGUUUCUUGAGGCUAUUGCAGAGAUGAAAGGACAGAAGUUUGAUUUCCGAGAUUUGACACACACGGCGGUUUCCAACAUCAUCACAUCUGUAGUGUUUGGCAAAAGAUUUGUCUACGGGGACAAAUUCUUCAAGGAGCUGACUUCUAGAAUUGAUGAAAACCUUCAGUCAGCAGGAGCAACAGCCGGCUUGAACUUCAUUCCUCUUGCUCGGUAUAUUCCGGGAGACCCAUUCAAGUUUAAGAGGACGUUGGCGAAUCUGGCGUUCUUUGUUACUAAUCUGACAAAACCGUCUGCAGCUGAACAUUUGAAAGACUAUGAUGAGUCGAACAUUGGUGAUUAUGUAUCAGCUUACAUUAGAGAGAUCAAGCGGAAGGAGAGUGAAAACAUCGAGUCGUCCAUUAAUUUCGAUAACCUGGAAAAAGUGAUUGGUGAUUUGUUCGUUGCUGGAACUGAAACCACUGCCACUACUAUAAGAUGGGCAGUUCUACUGUUCUUGAAAUAUCCAGAAAUUCAAGAAAAAUGUUUCCAAGAAAUUAAGACGAACAUCGGUCAAGAGAGGUUGCCAGAGAUGUCGGACAAGCUGAAGUUACCCUAUGUUGAAGCAACUAUAGCUGAGGUACAGAGAGUGGCCAACAUCAUCCCCGUGUCAGUCUGGCACAGUGUCCCGUAUGACAUACAAUUCAGGGGCUACACAUUCCGUAAAGGAGUAACUAUAGUGCCCAACAUUGACUCUGUGCUCAUGGACCCUGAAAUCUUCAAAGAUCCAGAGAGGUUUCAGCCAGAGAGAUUUUUGGCUGACAAUGGAAAGUUUGUGAAGCCCGAUGAGUUCAUUCCCUUCUUUCUGGGCAAGCGGGUUUGUCUUGGGGAAUCCCUGGCAAGGAUGGAGCUCUUCCUUUUCAUCACAGCAUUAAUUCAACGUUUCGAGUUCCAACAACCUGGAGAUGAGCAACCACCAACUAUGGAGGCUGUGCCAGGAGUAACGUUUGCCCCUCGGCCAUUUAAGUUCAUUGCGGCUCCUAGAGUCUGAUUAAUGUUGGGUGUUUCUAUGUACACUGAUAUUGAUGUUAAGUGAACAAGUGGGAUUGUGUAGGUUAGUUUUAGCACUGUUUUUUAAUAUAUUUCUGUAUAUCACAGCUAACCAACUUAGGACAGCCCAAGUGAAACAAGUUGUGCACAUUUACACUUCCUGAAACAUAAUUAUAUGUAUGUAAUGAUCUAAACAGGUAAUAAUCUAGUCCAAGGAACUAUGCAAUAUAACUGUUGCAACAAAGAAACUUUCCUUCUUACAAAAUGCACUAAAUUCUGAAUCGAACCUUGAAAGUAUGUUAAUCCAGAUGAUGAGUUUGACCAUAUCACAUUUGUCUGUUUGACAGUGUCCUUUGUCCGAAUAGAGCACAGAAUCCAUUUUUGGGAAAAAAAGCAAGACUGCAAAAUAUAUUGCAGUGAAUGGGACCUCUUGCCUACCUGCGCCCCAUAUGUCAUCUUGACCAAUACUGGAAAACCUUUCUUUAUUAUGUCAGUGGUAUGUCAUUUAUUAUGUCAGUGAAAUGAUCUAUGUUCGUGAGAUUAUAGAACCAAACAAAUUGUAAUACUAGACCUACACCAAGCAUAACUUCACACAUGGCAUUCCAGCCAGCAAUCAAAGAAUGAGAAAUUAUUAUUGCAACAUCCCAAACAUUUUUAACUGAAGGUCACUUCAUAAUGAAUAUGUGCCAUUCUGUAUUGCUGCACCUAUACUGAAAACACUUAAUCAUGGUAUGAAUAUUGACAUGCUGAAGGUCAGAGACUUUGGACUGAUGACAGGAGCAAUGAUUGUAAUAUGAACUAUGAACUGUGAGGUUGAUUAACACCUGGUAUCAUCUUCAAUUGAUAGUGAUUAACACCAUCAUAAUCAACUGAUAGUGAUUCAUAAACACAUUCAUGAGAA